UCAUUCAUAAGCACAGUACACGCCACUCUAAAUAAAUAGAUCACCAACCUUUUUACGUUUUUGUUUAACGACUAGUAAAUUAAUUCGAAAAUGAAAACCUGUGCAGCCUGCAAUGUGCAGUUUCAUGAUGGCGUUCAAUGCGGUAGUUGCAAGAAACACCUGGACUUUGGGUGUGCAAACAUUUCUGAAUCUGGGUGGAGGAAAUUGGGUUCUGCUAGAAUGGCCCAAUGGAAAUGUCCCAUGUGCAGAAGCUCAUCGCCAGCUGUAUCCACCCCUGAACCUACAUCUCUGGAUACCAUACUCGGUGAGAUACGUGAUAUGAAACGCCAGUUGCUUAACUUACCAGCACUGGUAGACGACAUCCGAGCCAUAAGGGAUGAGUUGGCGGGACUCAAAAUAUCCUGUGAACGCACUGGUGGGAGACUGGAUGAAUUUGAAACAAGACUCACGGAAGUGGAAGAAAAGGUUUCAAAAUUCGAUAAUCUCCAUGAAACAGUAAACCGUUUGCAAACGGAUUUGUCGAGCACCAAGUUUCUACAGUCAAGCAACGAACAACGUUCCAGAUUGAACAACGUUGAGAUUAAGGGGGUUCCAGUAAAGAAGGAUGAAAAUCUAUUUUCUAUCUUCGAAGCAAUAGGAGAAAGGAUUAACUACAACUGUCCAAAAUCCCAGGUGAAUUACAUCUCAAGAGUUCCGAUAUUUAAUUCAAACGAAAAGUUAAUUAUUAUAAGCUUUUUAAAUCGAUACGUGAAAGAGGAUUUUGUUGCGGCGGCGCGUGCCAAUAAGGAUCUAUCCACUUCGGAUAUUGGCUUUCAAGGUUCAUCUCAGCGUGUGUAUGUCAAUGAUCACCUUAGCAUUGAAUACAAGAAACUCCUAAGUAAGGUUAAAUCAACUGCCAAGGACAAACAGUAUGAGUAUGUAUGGGUGAAGCAUAGUAAAAUACACGUACUUAAAAAUAAAUACUCUAAAGUAAUUAUUAUAAGGAAGGACUCGGAUUUAAACAAACUUAUCUAAUAUGCUUCUUAAAUUUAACCUUUCUAUUUUGUUAUUAUACGUCGCUUCAAUUUUCUCAAUUUACUAAUAACGUAUUCACCAUACUAAAAAGUUACAAACUGUUUAAAACCUCUGCCGCACUGGUACCUAUACACUCGAAUCCUCGUAAUGAUUUAUGUUCAACUACCUGUGAUCGGUAUCGCGCUGUUUACUUUAAAGCUGCACGGCACCACUAUCUGUUUUAUUCUUUCGCACUUGCAUGCACCGCGCGCUGUUGCUUGCCUUUUUGCACAAAUAUUAAUUAUUUUAUAACAUCGACCAACUAUUGCCCUCACACAAAUUUUACUAACUUUAUUAAGAACUACCUUCAUAACACAUAUUAUGUAUUUAUAUUAUACCUUAAAUUGCAAUAUUUUUUAAUGGAACAAUCUAUUUUAAUAGAUUAUGCGAAUUUAUAUGCUAUUAAUGAUAAUAAAUUCAAUGGCUCCUAAAUUAAAUAUUUAUUAUCAAAACGUUCGCGGCCUUAGAACGAAAAGUGAUACAUUCUAUCGUCAAAUGUCACUCAACUCCUAUGAUGUUAUUGUUCUUACAGAGACGUGGUUAUUGGAUGGAAUCUUAAAUUCUGAAUUCUUUGACGAACGAUACAUUGUGUGGCGCCGGGAUCGGGACUAUGUUACUACCGGGCAGUCCCGUGGAGGGGGUGUACUUAUCGCCACACGCAGAGAGCUUUCGGUUGUGUGCCAACCUACGUUCUAUUCUACGGCAGAGGAUCUAUGGUUGAGCAUACGUCUGAGGGAAUCGAAUACGCGAAAAUACACGAAUCUACAUAUUUGCGUUGUCUAUUUGUGUCAACAAAACUUGGGCCUUUCUUUUUCAUUACAACUUUUAAACUACCUUACAAAAUUAAAUCAAAUAGUCAUGAGUGGCCCCUCGGAUGUUGUUAAAUAAAUAAAUAAAAAUAAAUAAAUAAACAUCAUUAAUUAUAAUAAAAA